CAUGCUAAAAAAAUGUAUACACUUUUUUUAUCUUCUGCAUAAGUAGGUCUCUCUAAUUACCUUUUCCUAGAUACAAAGUCUUUAUUAGCAGCUGUUUCUAUAGCAUUCCUGUUGAUACAUAACCACCAAAAGUAAUCUAAAAAAAAAAAAAUAAAUAAUUUCCUUAGCCUCCUAAUCAAGUGAAAAAUAAAAUACUCUAAUAAUAGAAUUAGUAAAUUUAACAAAAGCAAUUAGUUAAUAUUAAUAUCCAUUGUAAACCCAAUCACACUAUUGUUGAUCUUAUCAAGCAGAAUUAAGAUUUGAAAAAUGAUUAAAUUGAAAUCGAAAAAGAUAUCCUAAAUUAUAAGGUAUAUAUUGUUAUUGAAUCUGAUAUAUAAUAUAUAUAUUAAUAACAAGAAAUGACUUUUUUAUAUAAUAUAUAUGGAUAAUUAAUAAAUGUUAAUAAAAUUCAUUAUAAAAUCGUAUAAAAUGUAUCUUAAGAUAUUCUUUUUAAGUAUGAAUCAAUAAAAAUAACCAAAAAUUUAUCAAAAUCUAAUAAUGAUAACAGAGAACCUUCUUUCUUUGAAUAGUUUAAAUUGUAAAUAUUUUUGUUAUUUAAAUCAAUGUUAUAAAUAAAUGUAUAAUGUCAAUACUUUCUAAAUUUAUAAAUUUAAUAAAAUCUUAAUUGA